AUUCUCUUAAAGUUUUGUUUGUGAGGUUUGUUUUGUUGUUCAUCGUUUACUUAACGGUUUGAAACUUCGUUAUUGACGCUAUAAAUAAGAUAACAAUUUCAGUUUUAUGAUUAUUUUGAACUUUUGCUGUUACAUAUUUGAGUGAAACUUUUUAAAUGUGUUAUUCCCCGAAAGUGUUUAAAUGGUAGUCCUUAUGAGAGUUGGACUGGAGUUUGUAGGUUAUGACGGAUAUUGUUGUGUAUUUUAUAGAACGUAUUGAUGUUUAAGUUGAAUAGGCUAUUGUUUUUAAACAAUAAUUAUGAUAUCUAAUGAUGUAUUGAAACCCCGUGCCAUACCACCUCAGAAUAUCGUUAAUAGACUGAUUAAGAGAGAAACUUAUGGUGCUGUUAAACCUGGAACUCAUUUUCAUGUUGCAAGGUCUUUCCAUCAAAAUGUUUUUCCAAAUUUUACCAUUAUAAACGUAGAAAAACCACCUUGUUUCUUGAGGAAAUUCAGUCCAAAUGGACAGUAUUUUAUCGCAUUUUCUUCUGACCAAACAUCCUUGGAAAUCUAUGAGUACCAAGGUUCAUCUGCAGUAGCCGAUCUAGUUGAAAAUUGCACGGGAGAAUAUAUUGGUCACAAAAGCGAUCCAGAAAGUGAUCACAUUAGGAAUCAAGUUUUUGAAAGAUUUUUCAAACCCAAAUGGACAGUGAAUGUGGCUCAGAGUGGGGAGCAGUUGAAUCGAGAAUGUAGCUUAUUUACAGACGAUGGAAGAUUUGUAGUCGUGGGAUCAGCUGCAUACAUUCCUGAAGACCUGAGGCCUCAUUUUUAUGAAAUCUACACUAACAAUGAAGCGGUAACUCCCAACCCAAGGUCUCCUCUAGAAGAUUAUUCGCUUCACAUCGUAGAUCUUCAACACGGUAGACUCUGUGAUACUCGGCAGUUCAAAGUGGAUAAGAUAUUUCUGUCUCACAAUCAGGGACUUUACUUGUACAGAGACACUUUAGCAGUGUUGUCAGUUCAGCACCAAACAAUCCAUGUGUUUCAUAUAAUCGAUGGGACAUUUGUUGACAUUAGAACUGUGGGAAGGUUUUGUUUUGAAGAUGACAGUUUUCUUCUUUCAAGUGUCAUCCCUCCUAAUACUAGAAACAAUGACCACAGACCCUAUAGAGAAAGCACCAUCAAUUCUCUCAAACACAGGCUUCUGGUUUUUCUUUUUAAGCGAGCUCUGAAAAUUUCAGAAAUCACAAAUAAUCCAUUAGAAAUUCGAAGGUUUUGCCAGCAUUUUGAUCAGCUGAAGAGUCUGCGGAUGUGGAAGAUGCAGCUGCUAGAUGAAGCACACCUGCUGCUGAAGUAUGCUUGCGAGGACGUAGUUACGCUGAAGGCUACAGAACCUAACACUCAACCAUCAUUCUUUGUUGUCUACAACAUGAAUUCAGCCCAGGUUCUGGCCGUGUACGAGAACACUUCAGAAGAGCUUCUGAGACUUUUUGAGCAGUUCUGUGAUCACUUUCGUAAUGCCAAGUUGCAGUCACAGUUCACCUGUUCUCCGUCAAACAAUCUCUACGCAAGAUUGGCCCAACAGAGGUUCAAGCAGACAAUAGUGAGUGCAAGAUUUGGUGGCCCGACAGAAGCCACCAAGCGGAUGUUGGCCCAGCUGCCCAUCAGUGCCCAGAGUUACUCGGCCUCGCCGUACCUGGAUCUGUCUCUAUUUAGCUAUGAUGACAAGUGGGUCUCUGUCAUGGAGCGGCCGAAGGCUUGUGGCGAGCAUCCUAUCAGAUUUUACUCCAGAGACUCUGGAUUGCUCAAGUUCCGUAUCUACGCGGGAGUCUUGGGAAAGAGUGCGCCGCCUUCCGCACGGAGACUUGUGGCGUUCACUUUCCACCCGACUGAUCCCUUCGCCAUUAGUGUACAGCGCACCAACGCCGAGUACGUGGUCAACUUCCACAUCCGACACGUCUGACCCCCCUCCCCCUUGUCUUUCGCUCCUCGCUGCUCGUGCCUUAGACAGUAUUGUUUUGUACAUCGUUUGUUUACAAAUUUUAGGAAAUAUAUUAUUUUUAUUGUUAUUA